GAUCUCGACAUAAACAAGAUUAACCACAAGUACUGCAGUGUAUGCUGGUGCAGGAAGUGGCUUUAAUAGAGUUGAGAAGUGACUCAAUUAUUCAGUGUUACUCGGGGAAUCUCACUGACCAGUUCUCCAUUACACCCAUACUGAAUGAAAUAGCUUAAAACCUAAUAUCUAAACUGUUAACCGGCGCAACCGGUAACUGGAGAAUAAUAGCAGAAUGAGAUCCACUGCAGCUGUUGUGAUACUUUGUGCUGGAUAUUUUCUGCUGUCAGGAGCCUUUUCUCAUCCUCCGAGAGAAUGGACCAGACUCAUCCUGACUCAACAGUGGCCAAAGACGUUUUGCAGUAUGGAACAUUGCAAAACAGAUAUCAGCUACUGGACCCUGCAUGGGUUAUGGCCCAACUCUGGAAACAUGUGCAAUAACUCCUGGCAUUUUAAUGCCAGUUUAAUCGAGGACCUACUGCCUGAAAUGGAGAAAUACUGGCCAGAUUUACUGAAACCUUCUUCCCCAGAAUUUUGGGGAUAUGAAUGGAAGAAGCAUGGAACAUGUGCAGCCAAAGCAGAGUCACUGAACAGUCAACAUAAAUACUUCAGCAAAGCUCUCGAGCUUUACCACAAGUUUGACCUCAACAGUGUUUUAAAGGACAAAAAUAUUGUGCCAUCUGAUGACUACUACAAAAUGGAUGAUAUAGAAACAGUCAUUACCGAUUUCUAUGGAGUAAAGACGAAGAUUCAGUGUGUCCACACAAAGGGAGGACAGUUUCAGACUUUGGGCCAGAUAGAGAUCUGUGUUGACAGAGACUUUCAACUGGUGGGUUGUGAAAGGUCAAAUGAAGAAACAUUGAGCAAUGAGAUCCUCCCAUUGGCUGUUGGAGGUUAUGCAGAGCUCAGUGUUUGCGAUCACUCCACGCCAGUCUAUUACCCUCCACUAGUGACCGGAUCACAGAGGUGGUAAACUUGAGACCUCUGGUGCCUAUAGUGUGAUCUCACUGUGUACACAGACCUCAGAGGAAAUGUUCUUAAAUGCAAUAUUUUAAGACAUUUUAAGAUUUUUUACAUAAUUUUGCAUUAAAUAUUUUUACAAAAUUGUGUUAUUUCGAGUCAAAGUAGAGUACAUGCUGAUAAUCUAAGGUUACUUUUUUGUUAAUGGGUUUAAAGGGAUAGUUCACCCAAAAAUGAAAAU